GCUCAGACAUGGAACAACAUUUACGAUCUGAUGAUCCCAUUUCCUGGCAAAGUCAAUGUGGACGUGACUGAUGAAAUGGUCAGACAGGGCUACAAUGCCACACACAUGUUCCGAGUGGCAGAGGAGUUCUUUACCUCCUUGGGAUUAAUUGAGAUGCCAAAGGAAUUCUGGGAAGGAUCUAUGAUAGUCAAACCUGACGAUAGAGACGUUGUUUGCCAUGCAGCAGCGUGGGACUUCUACAACCGCAAAGACUUCAGGAUAAGGCAGUGCACUAAAGUCACAAUGGACGACUUCUUCACUGUACACCAUGAGAUGGGGCACAUCCAGUACUUUCUGCAGUACAAGAACCAGCCGGUUAGUUUUCGCGGUGGUGCUAACCCAGGUUUUCAUGAAGCCAUCGGGGAUGUUAUUUUCCUUUCUGUUUCAACACCGAAGCAUCUUCACACGAUUAACCUGCUGAAGUCUGAAACAUCUGAUCCAGAAACGGACAUCAACUUCCUGUUAAAUAUGGCCCUACAGAAAAUAGCCUUGCUUCCUUUUGGCUAUCUCAUUGAUCUCUGGAGAUGGGGAGUAUUUAGAGAGAAAACUCCUCCAGAGAGGUACACCGCUGACUGGUGGUACCUCAGAACCAAAUACCAAGGAAUCUGUCCGCCCAUCAGACGGACAGAAGAGCAGUUUGAUCCUGGGGCCAAAUUCCACAUUCCCAACAACACCCCAUACAUCAGGUAUUUUGUCAGCUAUAUCCUCCAGUUUCAACUCCAUGAGAAGUUGUGUGAAGCAGCCAAUCACACGGGUCCUCUGCACACAUGUGACAUCUACCGCUCUAAAGAAGCAGGAGCCCUUCUGAAGAAAAUCCUUGAACCUGGUUCUUCCAGACCUUGGACUGAACUCCUCCAAGAGACGAUCGGCACCAAUAAGAUCGACGCCAGUUCACUCAUGAAAUACUUCGACCCGGUUAUUAGAUGGCUGGAAAAGCAGAAUGUGAACGAGACGUUGGGGUGGCCGGACUUCAUGUGGCUCCCACCUGUACCUGAAGACUACCCAGAAAACAUAGGGGAUUAACCUUUGACAUGUUUGAUGUCAGAAACAGUCUGACCCACAUAGUUAGGGUUACAUUAUGUGAGGGUUCAAAAAUCUGUGUGCUAAAGAACUGUGUCCAUUUCUGUGACAUUGUCGGGUAAGGUGACUUAUUGUGUUACAAAGGGAUAUAAAGGCGGCUUGCCUUUGGAUAAAUGGAUCAGAACCAUAGGAGCAUUUGCUUGCUGGAUGGGAUGCUGCAUUUUUACCUUCCUCUGCCGGCCAUCUUUUUGUUCUUGUUCUUUUUUUUUGUUCUAUCCGUCUUGGGGUAACAAGACGACAGGUAUAGUGGAGCCUGGUGAGAAAUUGAGCAUUUUAAAAAAAUCCUUGUUGUGACACACAAUAAAUGAGAGAUCUGGUUUUAAUGGUACAAGAAGAAUAAAUUUGAUCUACUUCUGGGGUUCCCAAACCUUUUAGUGUGAGGGCCAUAUAAUUUUUUUAUUUUAAUUCUCUGAUGUGGAUCAGUUUGUAGGCUAACAGAAAAAGUGGAACAAUCACAGCGUGGGCAUAAACGUAAACAUUUAUGGUUUUCCAAAAAGACACACAUAACCAAAUAUUACUCUUUCUGAGAUCGUCACAGAAAAAAAGUCUGGAAAUAAACAAUUACUUUUAAACGAAAUAAACAAUACUAUUCAUGAAAUAACUUAGACUUAGAAAAAAAAUCCUGGUUUCUGACUAUGUUCAGGGGGCCGGACCAAAUGUGGAGGUGGGCCAGAUCCGGCCCGCGGGCCGGUAUCAGUGAGUCCUGCUCUACUAAAGCAGGAGCUGUAGAAAAGUAUUAGAAAAAUACUUAUAUAGUAAAAAUAAGUUAUUAUCCCCCACAAACUGAUCAUUGAAGGCCUAAUAUGUCAUUAACAGUGCAAUACCCAAUUAAAAAAAAAAAAA